GCAGUCAUCUGACUCGGUGACUCACCCGCGGCCGCGCUUCCUCCGACUCUGGCCGGGCGGGAAGUCGGGUCCCGAGGCUCCGGCUCGGCAGACCGAGCGGCCAUGGAGCUGUGCGGGCUGGGGCUGCCCCGGCCGCCCAUGCUGCUGGCGCUGCUGUUGGCGACACUGCUGGCGGCGAUAUUGGCGCUGCUGACUCAGGUGGCGCUGGUGGUGCAGGUGGCGGAGGCGGCUCGGGCCCCGGGCGUUCCGGCCAAGCCGGGACCGGCGCUGUGGCCCCUGCCGCUCUCGGUGAAGAUGACCCCGAACCUGCUGCAUCUCGCGCCGGAGAACUUCUACAUCAGCCAUAGCCCCAAUUCCACGGCGGGCCCCUCCUGCACCCUGCUGGAGGAAGCGUUUCGGCGAUAUCAUGGCUAUAUUUUUGGUUUCUACAAGUGGCAUCAUGAACCUGCUGAAUUCCAGGCUAGAACCCAGCUUCAGCAACUUUUUGUCUCAAUCACCCUUCAGUCAGAGUGUGAUGCUUUCCCCAACAUAUCUUCAGAUGAGUCUUAUACUUUACUUGUGAAAGAACCAGUGGCUGUCCUUAAGGCCAACAGAGUUUGGGGAGCAUUACGAGGUUUAGAGACCUUUAGCCAGUUAGUUUAUCAAGAUUCUUAUGGAACUUUCACCAUCAAUGAAUCCACCAUUAUUGAUUCUCCAAGGUUUUCUCACAGAGGAAUUUUGAUUGAUACAUCCAGACAUUAUCUUCCAGUUAAGAUUAUUCUCAAAACUCUCGAUGCCAUGGCUUUUAAUAAGUUUAAUGUUCUUCACUGGCACAUGGUUGAUGACCAGUCUUUCCCAUAUCAGAGCAUCGCUUUUCCUGAGUUAAGCAAUAAAGGAAGCUAUUCUUUGUCUCAUGUUUAUACACCAAAUGAUGUCCGUAUGGUGAUUAAAUAUGCCAGAUUACGAGGAAUUCGAGUCCUGCCAGAAUUUGAUACCCCUGGGCAUACACUAUCUUGGGGAAAAGGUCAGAAAGACCUCCUGACUCCGUGUUACAGUAGACAAACCAAGUCGGACUCUUUUGGACCUAUAAACCCUACUCUGAAUACAACAUACAGCUUCCUUACUACAUUUUUCAAAGAAAUUAGUGAGGUGUUUCCAGAUCAAUUCAUUCAUUUGGGAGGAGAUGAAGUGGAAUUUAAAUGUUGGGAAUCAAAUCCAAAAAUUCAAGAUUUCAUGAGGCAUAAAGGCUUUGGCACAGAUUUUAAAAAACUAGAAUCUUUCUACAUUCAAAAGGUUUUGGAUAUUAUCGCAACCAUAAACAAGGGAUCCAUUGUCUGGCAGGAGGUUUUUGAUGAUAAAGCGAAGCUUGCGCCAGGCACAAUAGUUGAAGUAUGGAAAGACAGCGCGUAUCCUGAGGAACUCAGUAGAGUCACAGCAUCUGGCUUCCCUGUAAUCCUUUCUGCUCCUUGGUACUUAGAUUUGAUUAGUUAUGGACAAGAUUGGAGGAAAUACUAUAAAGUGGAACCUCUUGAUUUUGGUGGUACUCAGGAACAGAAACAACUUUUCAUUGGUGGAGAAGCUUGUCUAUGGGGAGAAUAUGUGGAUGCAACUAACCUCACUCCAAGAUUAUGGCCUCGGGCAAGUGCUGUUGGUGAGAGACUUUGGAGUUCCAAAGAUGUCAGAGAUAUGGAUGACGCCUAUGACAGACUGACAAGGCACCGCUGCAGGAUGGUCAAACGUGGAAUAGCUGCACAACCUCUUUAUGCUGGAUAUUGUAACCACGAGAACAUGUAAAAAAUGGAGGGGAAAAAGGCCACAGCAAUCUGUACUACAAUCAACUGUAUUUUGAAAUCAUGUAAAAUAAGAUAUUAGACUUUUUUGAAUAAAAUAUUUGUAUUGAUUGAAA